UUAAAAAAAAGUAUUUUGUGUGAUGAAAUUGUUUCAACAAAAAAAUAUUAGUUUCAUUAUUAGCUACACUUCCUUUGUACUUAGCUUCGCAUCAUUUAAAAUACUUCUUUGGGCGUGUAAAUGCAUUAAAACUUUAAUAGCCUACACUUUGUACUCUGCACGUGUGGACUUAAACGUGUUUUUUAUUGGCGAGCGGAGCUGGUUGACAAAGGUGGCCAUGAAGCAUUUAAUGACCUUAAUUUUCAUUUUCGAAUAAUGUGAUUUCAUUUUAAGAACGGUUCUUCGAUUUGCUUCAAUGUGUUUAAAAAAUCAAAAGUAUGCUUAUAUUUUAAAAAGUUUAGGCCUAUUACAAAGUAGACUACCACGUUUCCUGGGAAUAACCAUCUCAAAUUCAAUGGAUUACAACCCUGUCGUAGCCACGAGGUAGCCUACUUUACAAGUGACUUCAUCCUGCCAUUUUUGUCCUCAUUUCGUAAAAAAGUCAAAAUAAUGCGUUUCCUCCAUCAUAAAAAUGAAGGUAAAACUUAAUGAUUUUUCAUGAUUUAUAGGCUACCUAUUUUGAUUUCUCUUUAGGCUACCAAGCAGUUGACCUUACUUACAGCAGUAUAUAAACUGAUAUUUUGUGAAAUCAAAUUAGGUUUGUGCUCAUUUAUAUUAUAAACGAAAUUAAUGAUAAUAUUCAAUUUCCCCGGAACUCUAGUGUAGCCUAUAGACCCUAGAUAAAUUAUUGAUGAAAAGCAAAGACAAACAUUUAAGGAAAGAGGAUAAAUAAUAACAUUGAGAUGAUCUCCCUUGUAUUUAUCUUGUUCGCAUCGCUUUUUUUUAGUGUAUAUAGUCUAGUCAGCAGAUUUGUUCGAGAGCAUCUCAAGUUUUAUAUACAGUAUACAACAGAUUGUUUUGGUUCGUUCAGCCCUUCUUUGGAGCAGCUUGCAGCGCGGUGAAUUGUGUGGAAAUGUGUAUACCCUGUUCGAUAUGCAUUCAAUGUAGACCUAGCUAUAUUAAUAUUGGCUUCAAACUGAAUUAGAAAUUGUUUGUGAACUUUUUCAACGGGCUAGCAGUAGAUGCUGAAAAUGUUAACGCUCAGUUAAAGUGUGUGAACUACAGAAUGUUGAACAGGGUAAUAAUUUCUCAAGUCAUAAUAUCACAUUAGCAGCCUAAAUGUCUGGGCUGAGAAACAGUGAAUAAAUACCUCGUUUACUACUGAAAGACCAUCAGUUAAACAUGUUCGGGAAACACUAGGAGCAAGCCUGAUCUACAAUAAAAUAAGUAGGUCUAUCUUCAUGCCACGAAGAUGGCAAAAUUUCGAUGUCCACGUUGUUCUUUUUACUUUAAUCUGCAAAUGAAGUAUUGUGUUGCGUGUGCUAGUAUAGAGACAAAAUUAUUCGAAAUUUUGUUAUCUUAAUUAGCCAAUAACGAUAUGUGGAUGUGAAUAUAAAUGAACAAACAAACAAAUAAAUAAAUAAAUACAAGUUCACAAACUUUUAAGAAUGUGAACAGUCCAACUACCCACCCAUAGGACUUCUGUUAAAGCAGCACGGGUGGAGCGUGACAGUGGAAAGGGGUGUUACCCAACAAUCCAUUCAAUACCUGUUCUUGCCUUGAAGCUCACUGACAGCGCGAGAGCCAUUGCUUAAAUACUGCUCCCCAGAGCGACAGUGUUCAGUCUUCAGGGAAAACCCCAGACGGAAACAAUCCCAGCCACUGGAACUUCACUCGCCUGAUGUUGAUAGAAGGUGCGCUCUACUUAUUCGCCACUGAUUAGAGCGGAUUAUGAACGCUUUUGGACAGCAGCCACCCAACCCUCAGUCUAGUCCUAUUCAGCACCACAGUGCACAGGAGCUUCUGGACAUGGCCGUUUACUGCGACAACUUCAGCAUGUACCAGCAGAACCUUCAUCACCAUCAUUCUCAAAGGCCUACGGCGCAUCCUCCCACCUACGGGCUUGGAGAGUACACAUCGCCAACUACCAACCCAUACCUGUGGCUAAACAGCCCAGGUAUCAACUCGUCUCCUUAUCUUUCUGGAACGAAUGGGGCUUCGUAUAUACCGUCGGGAUAUGGGGCAAAUCAAAGGCAAUUUCUGCCACCACCAACGGGCUUUGGAGGCGCGGACCUUGGCUGGCUCUCUCUGUCCAGCCAGCAAGAACUUUUUAAGAUGGUUAGACCUCCGUACUCAUAUUCGGCUUUAAUAGCAAUGGCGAUACAAAAUGCGCAAGAUAAAAAAUUGACUCUGAGUCAAAUUUACCAGUAUGUGGCUGAAAACUUCCCCUUCUACAAAAAGAGCAAAGCUGGGUGGCAGAACUCAAUUCGUCACAACCUGUCUUUGAACGACUGUUUCAAGAAAGUUGCACGAGAUGAAGACGAUCCGGGUAAAGGAAACUACUGGACUCUGGACCCAAAUUGUGAAAAGAUGUUCGACAAUGGAAACUUCAGGCGAAAGAGGAAAAGGAGGACGGAUGCUAACGUCGGAAGCUCCAAUGUAGUGCCGGUGAAGUCGGAAGAGGACAGCAGCGUACUGAAGCUCUCAGAAACCACGAGCGUUCUCAGCACACCGCCGCAGAGUUUGCAGAAUUCCCCCGGGUCGAGCGAGUCCAAGUCUUCUCCAUCACCUUCCAUCGACCACAGUCCUUGUUUCAACAACUUCGUCUCCAAUAUGAACUCGAUGCUUGCAGGAAACAACAACGUCGUAGGCAGCAGGCAGUAUGGUUCGGGACUUCUGGAGGAUUUGACCCAGAGCAGAGAGAACUUGUCUGGACUUGGCUCAUAUUCGCCAACGCAAAGCACCAUGUUGAACUCUGACGUUAAUAGCCAUCCCACUCCACGACAGAGCUACUACCCCUCAAAUCAAAACAGUGGUCAUUUGGGCAGUCAUCUUACGAAUCAUUUCAGUGUUAAUAAUUUAAUAUAUAGUCGUGAAGGAACAGAAGUUUAGAUGGUAGGAUGACCCAUAUGAAAACAAAAACCACAACAAUUAAACUAACUACACAGUGUAUAGUGCUAGAAUAGGCUACUUUUUUUACUUCUGUAAGUGCCGAGUAAUAUCAUGAGAUCAGUUUUGUUAUUAACGUUUUCCCCGUUUGCCAUACCUGAACUGGUUGAAACUUCAGUGAAUGGGUUUUCAUUUAGAUGUGCUGCAGUCCAUAAAUGAAUGUAGGCUACUUUGGCCUAUACACUGAUAUGUCUCCACUAAACACACAUAACGCUUUUGCUUUAACACUAUGUGUUUAAUUUAAAACAUUUAGGUCUGUUUAUCAAUACAGCUAUAAAUGACAUCACUUUCCUUUGAGGAGACUUAUGAGAAAUGACGUGGUGGGCAGAUACAGUAUGAGUCAACUCCUAUACCAGUAGUUCAUAUUUAUGCAAAGAAGUUACUUUGUGAUAAAAUACCUUGAUUUGUAGAGGGCUGUGUAAAUGUGCAUUUAUGAUUUUAUUUAAAUCCACCGAAC